ACUGUACAGUGGGCAUGGAAAAGGUUUACCGUAUGUUACACCACUCUUGCAAUUCUGAAACCUAUUUAAACGCAGUCCAGUAUCUGUUUUAUCAUUAUGAAUUUAAUUCUACUGGAGUUAUAAAUUAUACAAAAUAGGCUGAACAUGUAUCAUUUUAAAACAGUCUAAAUGGAACGGUGACCGCGCGUACUCUACUUUUCAGACCAACGUUUGCAAAACAGAAAACAGCUGCUGGGAUGUAGCUACUCUUCCGCUAUUACAAAAAUGUUGUUAAAAAUGAUAGGCUCACGAAAAAAACAGAUUUUACGACAGGAUCACAGGCUAAAAUUAACAAAAUGUGAAGAUUGAAAGUAUGAGUAUGAGCUAAAAUCAAUAUUUUUCCUUUUUAAACGCCACACACGCAUCUUUGGAUUAGUAAUCUUCAUUGGUUCAUCUUUAAUUUUCUUUUAAAAUAAUUCAAGUUCAAUUUUCAAUAUUCAAAAUGACAUCCCUUAAUGGUUCGUUAUUAAAGGAGGUGCAUAGGCUGCGUCGAGAUAUUAAAAAACUUACUGUUGAUCAGGCGCAAUUUGAAGAUUUUGAAACUGACUGUGAUGAAUGGGGCAUAACUUUCAAUGUUUUAAUUAGCCCAAAUGAUGGUCAUUAUAGAGGAGCUACAUUCAGAUUCAAGGUAUGAUCUGAAAUUAGGUUAUGUAUUUAAAAUAUAAUAUAUAAAUAAAUAAAGCUAUUUGACUAUUUGUAAAAAUGAAGUAAAUUUUCAAUUUUUUCAUGAUUCAUUUGUCCUAAAAAAUAUAUAAUUUUUAAAUACCUGGUAAAUAGUUAAAUUUGAAUAUUUUUUCAAAUAUAUUUUUUUAACUUUCAUAAAUGUUUCAUCAAAAGUCAAUAAAUGAUAAAUGCAUAUUUAUUUACCCAUAUAUAGCAGUUUUGGGACCACACAUAUAUAUCUUUGUAUAUAAUGAAUGUUAUUUUUUAUUUCAUAGUUUGAGAUACCUGCAAACUAUCCUGAGAAGUCCCCAUAUAUUCGAUGCCUCAACAACAUUUAUCACCCAAACAUUGACUUUGGAGAGGACGGUACAGUUUGUGUGAACCUGCUAGACAAAGACUGGCAGCCUGGUGUGGGUCUUGAUGGAUGUGUUAUGGCUGUUUUGUUUCUAUUUUAUGAGCCAAACCUUGAGGAUGCCCUGAACCCUGUAUUUGAUGGCCAGCUCAUGAAUGAAGACGAGUUUCACAGCAAAAUUAGAGCCUCUCUCAGAGGCGAGGAAGUAGAAGGAUUUGUAUUUGACAAAUUGUUAAAUGAGGAAAGUGUGUGUUUGACUAAAGGAAAAGAUGUAAAACUUAUUGAUUUUGAGGACAUACAAAGUGAAGAGAGUGCUGUAAAAAGAGAGAAAGUAACAAAUGCUGAAAAUUUGACAAUUAUCAACAUGAAAGCUGAUGGUGUUACUGAUGAGCAAGAUGAAAGUGUACAAAUUGUGACAAUUCAAAAUGUCUUAAAUAAGAAAAUUAUUUCCAAUGGGGAACAUGAAAAUGUUUUAAAUGUAAAUAGUGAUUGUGUUUCAAAUGUUACAGUGGAAAUCUUUUCGACUGAUGUAAAGAAUACACAUCCAAGUAGUCAUGUAGAUGAAAUAAAUAAAUGUGAGACUGACAAAGAUGGAGCAGAAAGUGGUUUAUGUGCAAUGCCUGUUGGCCUCAUUAAAGCAAAUAGAAAAUAUUUUGGGUCUAACAUGAGUGGGUGGAAUGACGCUGCUCUUAUGUUUGAACAUAUAUAUAGAUGGAUUAAACUGUAUAUAGUACGUUUUUAUAAUAAGGUAAUAAGCAAUAUGUGAUAUAGAAAAUGUUAAAAUGGCAUGCGAUCGAAUUAAAAUUAUACACUUUUUAGUUAUUACAUGAAACCCAUCAUUGGUCUAAAGAUUUAACAUGAUACUUUGACAGAUUUGGAGACUAUAGACGGGCUGAGAAAUUUGGCUGAGAAGUCCAGAACCAAUGCAAGUACGGGCUCGAAUAUAUAUUAAAAAAAUGGUGAUGACUGUCUAUCAACUGUGCCUGAUCAAUAACUUAAUUAUUUUUUAUAGCACCAUAAUUAUAGUAGAAACAAAUUUGUUCUUCUGAGGAGCUGAUAAGAUUUCUAUUAUUACUUUGAGAGCUGAUUUGAAUAUCAUAGUUCUAACCUGUUACUGUUGUGUUUUAUUUAUAACCCUGUAUGGUUUUUUGCCAAUAAUUAUUAGUCCAGGUUAACUAUUCAGGACAUCACAUAUGCAACUUGUGAAAAUGAAUUGCAGAGUCAGGGUUCUUCAGACAUCACUUUUAUUUGUUGAAAACGACUUUACAUAAAUAACUUCAUAAAUGUAUAAUCUCUCAAUUCACAUUUGAUGAAAUUUGGAACAAAAAUUCAACAUUUCUCUCUAUAAAUCCAUAGACUUUCUCAAGAAAUAUAAUUAUGUCAUAUCACUCAUAAAUCUACAUACGUCCACACUCAUAAAUUUACUUUUCUUAACUGCAUAAUUUAACAUGCUUUCAACGUGGCUGCCGAUAUAGCUCAUUAAUAAUUAAUUAUUCAUAUUAAUACGUCUCAUGGAUUGAGUCUUUUGUGAGUUUUAUUCAUUAAUAAACAAACAUAUGAUGUUACAGUGUGUUGUGUUUGUGUGGUAAGACAAUAUUACAAUACAACUUUGCUGAAUUUGGACCGUUAUGAUAUUCAUAAUGCUACUUCCUGUUUUUAGUAUAAUAAUAAUUUUAAUAAAAUAACACAAAUUUAAUCAUUUAAAAUAAAAUAUAUUCCUCAAAGCAAUUAAAAUUGACUUAAAUACAUUUCUA